UCGUUUCUGACGGGUUAUUGUGUACUCAUCGGGUGAGCUCACAACUGAGGAAGUCUCUGCGUUGGUUUCUGACUAGAAUGUCGAAGGCAGAAUUUGACAAACUUUUAACUCAGUCGACCAGUCCUAACAAUCUAGAACCAGACUGGGGCAGUAUCAUGAGCCUCUGCGAUGUACUGAAGCGGAGAGACAAGAACUCUAUUGCAACGAAAAGCGCUGUUGCUGCCAUCAAACAAAAGAUCCUAGACAAGAACCAGAUAGUCUCACUGAACGGCUUGCUGGUUUUAGAGGCUUGUAUGAAGAACUGCGGAUCAAGAAUGCACCAGGAAGUAUGCGAGAGGAAUUUCCUGAAUGAACUGCGUGACCUGGCGAGGGGUAAUUGCUCGUCGUCGGUCAAGGACAAAAUUGUUGAACUUAUUGGCAUGUGGAAUCAUGCUCUGGGGUCUGACUCUCAAUAUCGAGCUAUUUUCGACACGCACAAUAUUAUGAAAGUGGAAGGAUUUGAUUUUCCUCCUGUCACCGAGGGAGAGGCAUUUCUAGAUGCAUCUGCUGCUCCUGAAUGGGUACCAGACACGGAGGCGUCAUCCUGUCACAUGUGUCGUACUGCAUUUGGGAUUUCAACUCGAAAGCAUCAUUGCCGAAACUGUGGCCAAGUAGUGUGCAAGCGAUGCUCUGGAAAGAAGGCUGUAAUACCGAAUUUUGGGUAUGACGACGAAGUUCGAGUAUGCGACAUGUGCUAUACCAAGUUAACAUCCAGUAUUAGAUCAAGUGCUGGCCCUACAUCUCAUGAUGGCGGUGGAGACGAGCUCCCACAGGAAUAUUUGAACAGCUCAUUAUUUCGUGAGGCUCAAGCUCCACCGAAACGCAGCAACGAAGACGACAAGAAACAACAAGAAGAAGAUGAGCUACAGAUGGCUCUGGCCCUGUCUCUGUCUGAAGAGGAAGCCGCUAAACAAAAACAGAAGGAGAAUUUGUAUUCUUACUAUGGAACUGCCGUCGGCACGAGUGCUAGUGCUCCACCUCCUUCUGCCGGCUCUUCAUUCACUUCUGUAUCUGAAGCUAGACCAAGUGCACCACAAGUUGCAACCAAUCCCGAGUAUUCUCGGUAUGAAGAUCGUGCGUAUUGGGAGAGACGACAUGCCGAGCAGCAACAGCAACUGGAAGCCGAGUACGAGAUGCCAAACUUUGUGUCACACGCUCCGGCUGCGGCUGCUGCUGUAAACCCGUCAUCACCGGAAGCGAGAGACGUGGGAGUAGUGGAAGAGGUUGAAAGUGGUGAUUAUCAGACUUUGAUCGAUAGCUUUAAUCGAACUGUUGGCUUGUUUACCACCCGAAUGCAGCAAGUGUCUGCGUCUGGUAGAAGCAUAGCAUUAGACUCAUCUGUACAGACUUUGUUUCAUUCUCUAAAUGCGAUGCACCCACAGCUUCUGUCGCAGAUCGAACAGCAAGGGCAGUCAAAGGAUUAUUAUGAGGGUCUAGAGAAGAAGCUGCAUAGUGUGAAAGAGGCACGUACAUCAUUGAACAAAAUGCGAAGGGAGAACCGCGAGAAACAGCAACAACUCGAGAAAGAACGCAUAGACCUCGAACGCCUUCAGUUGCAGCAGAAAAUAGAACUACUACGUCAACAGAGAAAAGAGGAGGAAGACCAUCAAGAGAUGCUGAGGCAGAAGAGACAGAAAGAAAUCGAAGACCGGGCGAGAGCACACGAGGACGAAACACAGAGACGCCUCCUACAGCAUCAGCAGAGGCAGAUGGAGUUACAUCUAAGCGUCCAGGCCGAGCAGCAAGUUAAGUUGAGACAAUACGGAAUUGAGAGUAACGAGAUGCCGGCAUAUGGUCAAGAAUUCAUUCCAAAUGCUGGACAUCUUCAGUCCCAGCCUCAUCAGCUCUACAGUCUGCCGCCACAGUCGACGCCUCAGUAUCAAUUUCAAUAUGCACCCGAGCAGAGAGGCUCGUAUUAUAGCCAAUCGAUGGGACAGCCAGAGACUCAGACGUCGACUCUUUCGUCUAUGGAGCCGUUGCAGACGUACGGUCCUGCUGUGGUCACAGAGUUCGCUCCCGUGGGUGGUGGCAUGUCUCAGCUCAGACAAGAAGCAUCGAACAUGCAGUCAUCACAACUGGCCACACAUCCACAAUUGUAUGGCAAUCAACCAUCAAUGCAUGUCCUGCCACCACCGGCCGUUCAUUCUCAGGUUGUGAAUCACCAACAGUCUGUGCAGCCUCCGUUUCAGCCGGGAAAUCUCGUUUCGCAACAAUUCUCUCAUCAGUUGCCGCCGUCCAGUAGCUAUGCCUCCUCCCAGGCGGCUCCAGUGCAGCACUACACAGAGGAUACGACUCGGUCGUUACAGCCUGCGACGUAUUCGUUUGUUGUUCCCGGUCAGAGUCCACCGAUGCAACGAAGACCGGUUGAAGAUCAACAGCAGCCGAUGUCUUACAUGUCUGGGUACAGUCUCUUGCCGGCUGAUGUUGUUCAGGAUCAUGCUCCUCCGAUGCAACCGUCGCUGUAUCAACCGGUGCCGAGUAUCUCCAGUCUACAGACGGGACACCAAGGCUACAUACCUCCACAACCGACCAAACCGGAAGCACAACUUAUUUCGUUUGAUUAACUGUAAUAUAGUGCUAGAAAAAUUAGUAUGUGUGCAUGUGUGUGUGAGUGACUAUAGUACAGACUAGACUCGAGUGUGCAAUUGUGUUGUACUCUAUGUGAUUGACGUCAAAUUCUCCCAACUUUAAUCUUCAAUAAACCACACCUAUUUACUA